AUGGGAUCUGAAAUGAAUCUAAUAGGACAUUCCCAGCUACCUGGUGCUGAUGGAUUUUCACUUCCUGAAGGUCCUAAUUUAUUUGGUGUUCUUACAGAGGCAAUGAGUUCUCCAGUGCAAGAGCCAGAUGUGUCACCUUAUACGCAGUACAGCAGUAUGCCGUUCCCCCCAGUUCAGCCUCAGAUUUCAUCACCACCUUACUAUUCCAACCUUGGCUUUUACCCCCAGCAGCCUGAAGAAUGGUAUUCCCCUGGAAUGUAUGAACUCAGGAGAAUCCCCUGUGAGAACUUUUUCACAAGAGAGACAGAACUAGCGGAUAUACCUGUAGCCAAGAAGUCGAGACUGGGCCACUCCACGGGAAGAGUGAAAGGAGAAGAGCUAUGUGUUGUGUGUGGUGACAAAGCAUCUGGAUACCACUAUAAUGCUCUGACUUGUGAGGGGUGCAAAGGCUUCUUCAGAAGAAGUAUCACUAAAAAUGCUGUAUACAAGUGUAAAAAUGGAGGCAAUUGUGAGAUGGACAUGUACAUGAGAAGAAAGUGCCAGGAGUGCCGCCUGCGGAAAUGCAAACAAAUGGGGAUGUUGGCUGAAUGUAUGUAUACAGGUUUGUUAACAGAAAUACAAUGCAAGUCAAAACGUCUAAGAAAAAAUGUGAAACAGCCACCUGAUCAGACAGCCAACGAAGAUAACGAGGGAGCGGACCUGAAGCAAGUGACAUCUACAACUAAAAUAUAUAGGGAGAAAGUAGAACUUACCCCAGAACAGCAGAACCUUCUUCAUUACAUCAUGGAUUCGUAUAGUAAACAAAGAAUUCCUCAAGAGGUAUCAAAAAAACUUUUACAAGAGGAAUUCAGUGCUGAAGAAAAUUUUCUCAUCUUAACAGAAAUGGCUACCAGUCAUGUUCAGGUUCUUGUGGAAUUCACCAAAAAGUUACCAGGCUUUCAAACCCUUGAUCAUGAAGAUCAGAUUGCUUUGCUGAAGGGUUCAGCAGUAGAAGCCAUGUUCCUUCGUUCGGCUGAGAUCUUUAAUAGAAAACUUCCUGUAGGACACACUGACCUCUUAGAAGAAAGAAUUCGCAAAAGCGGUAUCGCUGAUGAUUACAUAACCCCCAUGUUUGGUUUUUAUAAAAGCAUUGGAGAACUGAAGAUGACAGAAGAAGAGUAUGCUCUACUUACAGCAAUAGUUAUCCUAACUCCAGAUCGACAAUACAUAAAGGAUAGAGAAUCUGUGGAAAGACUUCAAGAACCGCUGCUUGAAGUUCUACAAAAACUCUGCAAGCUUUACCACACUGAUAACCCUCAACAUUUUGCAUGUCUUCUGGGCCGUCUUACAGAAUUACGGACAUUUAACCAUCAUCAUGCAGAGAUGCUGAUGUCAUGGAGAGUGAAUGAUCAUAAAUUUACCCCUCUUCUCUGUGAAAUCUGGGAUGUGCAGUGA